AUGAGCAAUAGUAAUUCAUCAUCACCCCCGCAAUUCGAUGUGGCAACAGCUGCCCUCGAACAUCUUGAAUUGCUCAAUAAUUCGAAUUUAAAUCCACUUGAAAUUGCAGCUCAAUUUCGAACCUUAUUACGUUCUAAAAAAGCCCGUGGAAGUAAUUCUAAUAAUAAAAAUGAAAAUUCACCAACGCCAUAUUCAAAUAUGGAUUAUACUUAUAUGGAUUAUGUUGCAGCUGAUGCAACACAUCGACGACGUGCACGUUCUCGUGGCCGAAUAGAUCGUCGUUCGAAAUCUUUAGGACGCAUUAAAUAUGAUCUUGACGACGAUGACGAUGAUACUACAAACAAUCAAAGUACUUUUAGUCAUUACAAUCAAGAUCAAUCAUCAUUAAAUUAUGAACAUGAACAAUCAAGUUUACGUAAUCCAAUUGAUGAUACAAAUAUUUAUUAUACAACAUCAACAAGACAUGGAGGAUUAAUUGCAGCAACAAAUAAUUCAACACGUAAUUAUUUACCUGAAUCACAUUCUUGUUUUGGUCUUUCAAAAUGGCACGAUGAAGGUGACAGUUCAACAGAAGAUAUCUAUGCUGAUUCUGCUGUUGGUUCUGAUUAUAGUGAACCACAUGCACAUUUAGCACUUCCAUCUAGUAAAGCUGUAUCGUGUGAUUCAGCUAUAUCAGGUAUAUCUUCUAAUAAACAAUAUCCUUCAUCAAGUUCGGAACAAAAUCAAAUAACUCCUUCAUCAUUAGCGUCUCUUCUUAUAUCGCCAAGUAAACAACACUUUGUUAAUCUUUCACAAAUCGAUGAAACAGCAGAACAAACGGCAAGUAUUGAACGAUCUCUUUCAACAUCAACGGACAAUUAUUAUCCGACAAUUAAUUGGAAACAAUUACGCGAGAAAAAACAUGAAACUAGUUUAGAUAAAGCUAAAACAUUUGUUACAACAACAUUACCAAGAAAAGUACUUCCAUUUAAUGCAACAAGAUCAUCAACUUUGAAUACAUCAUCGCCUAUAUCAUUAUUAACUUAUCAUAAGAAUCAGCCAAAUUUUCAAAAGCGUAUUGAACAAUUUCACGCAACAUCAACUAACCGUCCAUCAAGACCACGAGCUGUAACAACUGACCUUUCACAAGCAUUACAAAUGUCAACAACGAUGACAACAAGUUCUCUAACCACUGUUUCGGCUAUAUCGGCUAGAACACCAUCAGAAGCUGAAUCAUUUACAUAUCCGAAUGUAUCUGAAUUACGAAAAAAUUUCGAACAACAAACAUCCCAAAAAAAAGGAAAACCUAUUGAACUAACUUCGACGAGUUCAAUGUCGCCAACUGUUGAAUCACCAUUGUCAUCGGCGCCAUCGCUUAUAUCAACCGGUGGUUCUCGUUCUCCUUCUGCAUCGUCAUCAUCAUCAUCAUCAUCAUCGGCUUCUUCAGUAUGCAAAAGUCGAUGUUCAUCAUCAUCAAAUCAUUCAUCAAAUGAAAUUCGUACACCAUCAAUAUCUCCGACAAAUUCUCCUCGCCCGACUUACACAAUAUCACGUUUAAAUUCAGCAUCAAUGAAUAAUGAAGAUAUUCUUUUCCCAAUCGCUGAUUGUAAUCUUGUGAUUAAACAUAAAGCAACAGGAGGACCUAAACGACCUGGUAAUUUUAAUCGACGUCCAUCUUCUCCACAUCCACAUCCACAUUUUGACAAUUCAAUUCAUUUAUCGAAUUCCAUGUAUUCGAUAUCAAGUGGUUAUACAGAAGAAGCUCAUUUAUCGGGUGUGUGCAACGAGAAUGAGCUUAUGGGUGGAAGUACAGACGAUGCAGUCUAUGUAUAA